UCAAAAUCAUAUGUUGUGACGUAAGUUUAUUUGACGGUGUUUUGCACAUUUUACCUUUAAAAAAUACCCAAAGAAAUCCGUGAAUUCCUGGCUAAUUUUUAGUUUAAUUUCCAAUUAAAAUGGCUCUGCGGCAAGCAUUUUCUUCAAUAUUAAAGAUUUCACCACGUUAUGCUUCAACACCCAAAGUACAAAUGCAUUCAAGUGCAAUGUUGUGUAAAGUAGAAGAUCGCAAGGAAAUGCUUGCCUCAAUGCCUACAAGGGAUGAGGGUACUGUCGGCGAAAGAUCUAUUGAUAUUGAUACUCUUAUGAGCAAAAAAGAUAAAUUCUUCCCCGAUGCCUCGACAGCCACUCAAUUGUUCAAUGGAGUUCCGUUCAAUGAGCUUCCAAUUUGUAAUGUGAGAGUCUCUAAGAACAAUACCAUUAUUUCUGUUACGGAUUACAAAGGUUUGAUUCGAUUAAUCCGGUCGUGUGGUGUUGAGGGAUUCAAGAACACCAGAAAAGGUACCAAUAUUGCGGCCCAAGCAACUGCCAUCACACUUGGAUCGAAAGCUGUUGAACUUGGCUGGAAAACAAUACGAGUUAAGGUACGUGGUCUGGGACCCGGUCGCAUGUCUGCCAUAAAAGGCCUUCAAAUGAGUGGACUGAAUAUAGUAUCAAUUACCGAUAACACUCUUGUAUCAUGGAAUCCUCCACGACCACCAAAGCAAAGAAAAUUGUAAAACUAAUACCAAACAAGAAUAAAUAAAAAAAUAAAAAAACAAAACAAUAAAUGUUUCUUAGAUAUCAAAUUUUCUUUUGUAUUUUUUUUUUGUUGUUGUUUUAAUUUAAUAAAUCUAAAUAUUGA